AUGGGGGGGAAGCAGUCUCUCAGUUUUUCCAACAAGGAGAUGAACGAGGUGAGUGAAAGGGGAAGGAGCGCAAUUAGAGACGAUCAACCCAGUCUGUCCUCGGCCGCUGAGAGGAUCCGCAAACACGCCACGGUGCACUUUGGCUACAGCACGCUGAGCCUGGCCAUGCGGGGGCUGGACGAGACGCCCACCGAGCUGUGGGAGCUCCGGGAGGUGCAGAAGCUCAACCUGUCCAUGAACUGCCUGUGCUCCGUGCCUUCGGCUCUGGGCGCCCUGGACAACCUGGUGGUCCUCAACUUGUGGGGGAACAACCUGUCCAGCCUCCCCCCCGAAAUCGGCCUCCUCAAGAAGCUGCGGGUGCUCUUCGCCUGCCGCAACCGCCUGAGCGAGGUCCCCGCCGAGCUGGGCUCCUGCACGCGCCUGGAGGUCCUCAGCCUGGCCAACAACCAAAUCACGGGCCUACCGGGCAGCCUGGCGGCCAUGUGCAGUCUGACCAAGCUCAACCUCAGCCACAACUGCAUCGUUCACAUCCCCACCUGCGUCUACAGCAUGAAGGGCCUGGUUUUCCUCCACCUGGCCUGCAACCGGCUGGAGACCAUCGCCGACCAGAUCCAAGACCUCGUCAACCUGAAGAUCUUCAUCGUGGAGGGCAACAGCAUUCACACCCUGCCAAAGACUCUCUGCUUUUUGGAGUCUCUAGAACUCCUCAAUGUUGACUUCAACGACUUGCAAAGCGUGCCGGUGGAACUGUACCUGCUGAGCAGGCUCAGGCGGUUGGCCUGCCACCCGCUGGACAAAGGACUGCACAUUAUUCAUAACCCCCUACUCAAGCCAAUUCAGGAGGUGCUGCAAGGAGGACUCAGUGCUCUAUAUAACUACCUCAAGCCCACGUGA